AUGGCUGCGAAGUCCGCAGCGGAGCCUCUUGUGGCACCGUGCUCCAUGUUGGUGUCCUCUCUGUGGCUUCCGAUUGCCCUCCGUGACAAUGUGACGGUUCGCCUUUGCGUUGGCCAUUUUCUCUUCCACAAACCUUCGCUGCCGGCAGUGGACCCGGCAUCGCUCUCACCUUCCCCUGUGAAGAAGCGAGGCCGCCCACAGAAAGACGAAGUUCGGGAGAAGAAGCAACCAAAAGGACAGUAUGGCACUCGGCAGCUACGCAGUGCGGAAGAUGAGAUUCGCCACCUGCAGAGUGCCGUUCACAUGACAUGUCUCCCCAAAGCGCCUUUUCAGCGCUUGGUCAAAGACAUCCUCAAGGGAUUUGUGGACACUCGGAAUUCUGAGAGUGGUCCUGGCGGUGAGCAUCCAUUGCCAAACCUUCGCAUCUCCUCCAGCGCCAUCCAGCUUCUUCAGGAUGCAGCGGAGGCCUUGGGUACUGAGUACAUGGUCAAGGGUUCUAUGGCAGCAGCGCACGCAAAGCGGCAGACUGUCACUAAGCAGGACCUGACGCUCGUCCGCCAGCUGAGUGAGUACAGCCAAGGGACUUCUCUUCCGCUCGUGCCUGGCCGGAAGCGGCUGCGCAAGUCUGCGUAG